GCUCGUUUUGGCCGCACCGCAAUCUCCAUAGCUCAUCGCUUGUCCUCAGUGAAAUCUGCUGACGUCAUUAUUGGGUUUGAGCAUGGAAGAGCUGUGGAAAGAGGAAAACACGAAGAGCUGAUCGAACGGAAAGGAGUGUAUUUCACACUAGUAACGUUGCAAACCCAAGGCGACAAGGCCCUUAUGGAAACAUCAAUGCAAAAGCAUCUCUUCGACAGCGUUCCAGAUCUCAGUUGUCCAACCUAGUCCCGGACCAUCCAGGAUCAAUUGUAGGAUCUUAUUCAGAGCACAAUUGUAGCCUAUCUCACUAUGAAGAAGAUGGAGGACCAUUUGAAGAAGAUGGAAGACCAUUUAUCAAGGAACGGAUUCAUGAAAAGGUUGAGGAAGAAGUCGCACCUGCUAACGUGACCAGGAUUUUGAAGUACAACGCUCCAGAAUGGCACUAUAUGGUGCUCGGAUCUCUUGGGGCAGGCGUCAAUGGGGCAGUCAACCCUCUCUAUGCCUUGCUCUUCAGUCAAAUUCUUGGACAACCGGCACGCAGAUAGGCAUGAUUGUGAAUUCCUUCACCAAUAUCGGAGUGUCCAUUAUUAUCGCUUUCUACUUCAGCUGGAAACUCAGCUUAGUCAUAACCUGCUUCUUGCCUUUCUUGGCCUUGUCGGGAAUGGUUCAGUCUCGAAUGCUGACAGGCUUUGCAUCUCAGGACAAGAAAGCAAUGGAAGCUACCGGAAGGAUUUCCAACGAAGCCCUUGCAAAUAUUAGGACCAUAGCUGGGAUUGGAAGGGAGAAAACUUUUAUCGAGGCUUAUGAGAAGCAGCUAGAAGUCCCCUACACAGCGGCUAUUAAAAAAGCGAACGUUUAUGGAGUUUGUUAUGGCUUUGCCCAGUGUGUUUUGUUCAUAGCCAAUUCUGUCUCUUACCGAUACGGAGGAUUUUUAGUCGAAAAGGAAGGACUUCACUACAGCUACGUAUUUAGGGUGAUUUCCUCCAUUGUUACUAGCGGAACCGCUUUGGGAAGAGCGUCCUCUUAUACUCCAAAUUAUGCCAAGGCUAAAAUAGCAGCCGCCCGUUUUUUUCAGCUGGUGGAUCGGAUUCCCCGAAUCAGUGCAUACAGUGACGCCGGAGAAAAAUGGGAUAAUUUCCAUGGAAGAAUUGAAUUUAUCAACUGUAAGUUCACAUAUCCAUCUCGUUCUGAUACCCAAGUGCUAAAUGGCCUCUCGGUGUCUGUGAAUUCCGGGCAGACCCUUGCCUUCGUUGGAAGCAGCGGAUGUGGGAAAAGCACCUGUGUUCAACUUCUGGAGAGGUUUUAUGAUCCUGAUGAAGGAGAAGUGCUGAUAGAUGGCCGUGACACCCGGCAAGUAAACAUCCACUAUCUUAGAUCUAAAAUAGGAAUAGUUUCUCAGGAGCCUGUGCUGUUUGACUGUAGCAUUGCCGACAACAUUAAAUACGGUGAUAACAGCAGAGAAAUAUCUAUGGAUGAAGUGAUAACAGCUGCCAAGAAAGCCCAAUUGCACGAAUUUGUGAUGUCACUCCCCCAGCAAUAUGAAACCAAUGUUGGGUCUCAGGGGUCCCUACUGUCUCGAGGGCAAAAGCAGCGCAUUGCCAUUGCACGAGCCAUCGUUCGAGAUCCUAAGAUCUUGUUACUGGAUGAAGCAACGUCUGCACUGGAUACAGAAAGUGAACAGACUGUGCAGGCUGCCCUGGACAAAGCUCGAGAAGGCAGGACCUGCAUCGUCAUCGCGCACCGCUUGUCCACCAUUCAGAAUUCGGACAUCAUCGCUGUCAUGUCUCAGGGAGUCAUCAUUGAGAAGGGCACUCAUGAAGAACUGAUGGCCCGGGAAGGGGCGUACUAUAAACUGGUCACCACGGGGGCACCCAUUAGCUGAGCUUCUGCACUCCCUGGGGGAGGGGGGGGUUGUGUUCAUUUUCUUAAGGGACGUGCUAAAACCAUUAUGAACGUAUCAACCAGCAAAAGACGGCUGUGCUGUGAUAUGGAAUGAUGCACCUCUGUGGGCACAACCACUUUAAUUGAGAAAGUGAAGCCCCGGAGGCUGGCUUUGACUGAGCUGUCCUCUCUCAAACCACUGCAACUGUUGUCAAGAAAAUGGCAGCCAUCUUCUGGAGAAGUGAGAUUACACAUGAAGAAGGCUCAGGAAACUUUUCAAUAAUGAAGUGCCCAUAGAUUAUUUUUAUAUCUAUUUCCAUUGCUCCCGAAUUUGCAAUACCAAAGAAGCCUAAUGAACUUCGUUGUGGAUCCAGAGGGAGGCUUCAUUCAACAUUCAGUGCAAAUGGUGGUGGCAUUGAGCUGUAUUUCCUUACUGCUCCAUCAUCAUCAUCAUCAUCAUCAUCAUCAUCAUCAUCAUCAUCAUCAUCAUCGCGCCCUCAAUGAUUCUGGUUGGUUCCCAACAGCCAAAGAAAUGACAAUGAAAUCAAUAGGAUUUUAUUGGGGAUUUAUAUGCCGCCCUUUUCCCUGAGGGGACUCAGGGCGGCUUACA